CACCCACACCCACACCCACACCCACACCCACACCCACACUCACACCCCACCCACACCCACACCCACACCCACACCCACAGCCGAGGGUUUGCUUCAUUUUGACAAAGGUGGUUUGAAUCUGAUAGAGCAUGUUGAAUUCUACAUGGAGACUAACAUUUCAGAGUUGAAGACUAAUUUAUGGCGAAUCCAUUUACGAAAUACUCGAAUCCUGACCUAAGAUAUCCUACGUAUAUCGAGUGAACAGGUCAAUACAAGAAUAUAACAGAUUCUAAAAAUCAAACUAAUUAUUUUGAAAUACAAUCUAUUUAUUUUAUAUUUGUAGAAUAAAAUUUCAGCAUCAAGUUCACAAUCUGAUGUUACACAAGAAACAUUAACAAAAGUAAAACAGAAAUGCCUUAUAUUACCUGAAGAUAUUUCAUAUAUAUGGUCAACGAUCUUAAAUUCGAUGGCAAAAAUGCCUUAUGAUGCCGUGAAGUAUAAGUCGAAAAUAAAUCAUACAAUAAAAUCCACUACAGUUACUUGUGAUCCAUUAACCAAAAAUGAUAUUGUACGUCAAAAUGAAACAGUACACUAA